AUGUUCUCCCGAUUAUUUCCCUCAUUGGGUCAUUGCAAGCUACCAGGGGGUGCUCAAUCUCGAGCUUUCUAUCUCCGAAGGGGCAUCUUAGAAGCGGACAAGCGAUAUUUCUCAAGAAAUGCCUUCUUGCAUCAAAAAGAGCAUGCCUCUGCUGCGCCAUUCAACACUCCCCAGUCGAAGGAGCGCAAUGCCUCUACUCUCUACUAUACAAUUAGUAUGAUUCUCGGGACCGUGGCUCUGGCCUACGGUUCUGUUCCCCUGUACAAAAUGAUCUGUCAACAAACUGGUUGGGGAGGCCAACCCAUCCUCACUCACCGCAACGGCGACGGCGACACAGCCGGCCGAGUAACUCCAGUCACCGACUCCCGCCGACUGCGCAUCACAUUCAAUGGCUCUGUCUCAGAUGUCCUUCCUUGGAAAUUCACACCGCAACAACGCGAAGUCCGAGUGCUACCGGGUGAAACCGCGCUGGCUUUCUACACAGCAACCAACAAGGGCCCCAAUGACAUUAUCGGAGUUGCAACAUACAGCGUGACGCCAGGACAGGUUGCGCCAUAUUUUAGCAAGAUCCAGUGUUUCUGCUUUGAGGAGCAGAAACUCAAUGCGGGCGAAACUGUUGACAUGCCCGUAUUCUUCUUCAUUGACCCAGACUUUGCUACGGAUCCGAAUAUGAAGGGGAUCGACACAAUUACCCUGUCUUAUACUUUCUUCAAGGCGAAAUAUGAUGAUAAUGGGGUGUUGAAGCCAAUUGCUUCAUGA